AUGACGGAUCCGAGCGCCUCUCUGCUUUCGACCAUCCGCUCGGUGCUCGAGGCAUCGCCGCCUGCCGUUGCUGAGCCAGGAACGCUGCGGUGCCACACGCUCUUCUCCAUCCCGCGCCAGGUCAAGUCGCUCUAUCCACUCGCGCACAUCCACCCGCACGACCUCGAGCACAACAAGCGCGCCGCGUCCAUCGCUGCAUUCGAAGAACAGAUCUUCAUCACCGCCAGCUGGAUUCCCAAGCAGUCAGCCGCUGGACAAGCGGAUCCAAAAGCCGGUGGAGAUGCGGACGCCCCGUUGUUGGUGCUCGCUAUGGAGCUCUACCUCUACACCAUCCCCGAGUCCGGAGCAGCGGUGCUGUACGUGUCGAAACUCGACUCGAGCGGGUUCGGACCGCGGGCUAUUCCGACCGCCAUGCGCGAUUCGCUGUCCGGCGAGGUGUUUGGUGACAAAAAGGGGUUUGGAAACACGCUCACUGCCACGCUGUCGUCGGCUGUCACACAGCACUUUACGACCUUUCGACACUGGGAUACUGACAAGGGCCAGGCGGGGAUCUCGCAUGUUUCGGUGCAUAUACUGGCACGCAGCCAGAGGGCGUACUUGUUUCCGUCCAGCCCGGAGAAUAAGGACAAGAAGGUGUUGUCCGAUGGUGCGCUCAUCAAGUGGUGGCGCGCCGUGGUGAGCGAUGUAAUCGUACACACGCGCGAUCCGGGCGCUCCGGUGCGCAAUGCACAUGGCGUACAGGGCGAUAUCGAUGCGCGAGCGUUCUACCUCAUCCCGGGAUACUCCAAGGCCGAGUCGCAUCCACUCGUACCGCUCGUGCGCGAUGCUGACUCCACACCCUCCAGAAGUGGCAGUGCUGGGAGAGCCGAGCAUGUUCUGAGCCAAGCGGGGUGGGUGUAUGGCCAUCCGUACAGCGCCGCAGGUGCGUCGUGUGCGGACAAGGAUCUGCCACCGUUGCCGCUGCACUGGCAGACCUCGUCGUUCGUCGUGUCCAGCUCAGGCGAGAGCAGCAAGGUGGUUCAAGAACCGGGUAGCGAUGGGUACGACCCACGAAAGGUGCGCACGGUACCCACGCUCAUGCCGCACUUUUCGGACGAUCCCAAGACGCGCUUCCUCGACGAGAUGGCGGGCGAUGCACACGAGCAUUCGGGCUGGAAGAAGAAGGCGUCCCACGCACCUGGUGUGACGCAGGAGGAAAAGCAAAACGGCAUCGAAAAGCACCUCGACCUCACCACAAGCGAAGCAUCCAACAAGCGCCCUGCAGAGAGCAGCGAGGCUGGGGGGUCGACGGGGGGAAGUGGAGUGCCUCUGGUUACGCUGCGUGCGCUGAUGCGCGAGCGCGAGCUUAUGGACGACUUACCCGUCGACGAGUUCUGGGAGCGCAUGGCGUUUCGCCAAGAAUGCUGUGCCGGCAACGCGGUCGGAGUCCUCGUGAUCCUCUUCACGCGUCAUCCUUCUGCCGACAGUGCAGCCAAGACGCCGGAACGACAACCGCUAUCGAUCCCCUACAAGGUGCUGGGCGAUGUGGUGUUCAAGUCGCUCAUGAAGGACACGUGCGAGUGGAACAAGAUCACCCACGCACGCCAACUCACCCAAGCCUGGUUCCAGGCCGUCGACAAGGAGGUUCGCCGCAAAGGUGGUGUGGCCCAACACCUCGGACACGACCCCAAGGACGACGGCUUGAUCGGCCAGGGCGUCAUCUGGCAAGACUUUCAGCUCGUCGCACCAACGGACGCCCAGAUGGAAAAGGCAAAGCAAGAUGCAAAUGCAGGCGACGGAGCAAAGUCCGCAUCGGCACCGGCUAACAUGCUCAGCGUCAAGCGCAAGAAAAAGCCAGCAGCAUAG